UGACAGAAAAUGUCACGCAAAUACGCAUUUUACCUGGUAAUUGUCAAGCAAAAAUAUUUCUGUAGAAAAAUUUCUAAAAAAGUUCGUCUACACAGCAAAAUUACGAACGCCAAAAAAAAACGUACGCAUUUCGUUCGGACUUUUCACGCGAAUCACGUAUAUGUCACGCAUUACGUUCGAAAUUUUUCGUACCUACCCAAAAUUUGGAUCAAGGUGUUCAGAUUUGGACCAAGGUGUCCACAUUCAGAGGGAAGGUGUUCAACAUUUCCAAGUCACUCAUGUUAGGUGUUCCCAAGUUGACAGGCCUGUAUUCCCAUGCCAUUUUACAGAAUAAGAAAGAUCAUCUGAGAAAUGUGAUGAGUAUUAAAUCGGACGAAAUGUUAAACAUUUAACCUCAUUUUCAUAAUUUGAAGUAAUAUAAGUUAUUGAAUGAUUUGAAAUGCAAUAUAGGAUAUAUUGUGCUCAAAAAAUCUGUAUUGGCACGAGAUGAAAUCAAGUAGAAAUACAGCAUAUCGAGAGCAUAAUAUAUCCUAUGUUGCGCUUCAAAUCGUUGUAUAACGUUUUUUAUCAUGUGAUCUUACUACAUAGUCCAUAGGAAAUAUUCUGUAUUCUCUGUAUUGCAACUGUCCCCUCUGUUCCAUCUUUGAGUACAAGUCGAUAUUCAGUAAGAUACAUGAAUAAGCGUGCGUUUAGGUCAACAUAAAAUGAUUUAGUCAGAAUAAUGUUUAUAAAUAUUAUUUCUUUAUCAAUCUCCUUUGCUUACUUGCUUGCUCACUUCCUCCCUUCCUUGCUUCUUCGCUUCCUUCCUUCCUGGCUUCCUUCCUCGCUUCCUCACAUCCUUCCUUCCUCGCUUCCUUCCAUCCUUGCUUCCUUCCUUCCUCGCUUCCUUCCUUCUUUUCUUCCUUGCUUCAUUCCUUCCUUGCUUCCUCACUUCAUUCCUUCGCUUCCUCCCUUCCUAGCUUCCUUCCUUCCUCACUUCCCACCUUUCUUUCUUGCUUCCUUCUUUGCUUUCCCCCUCGCUUCCUUCCUCCCUUCCUUGCUUCCUCGCAUUCUUGCAUCCUUCCUUCCUCGCUUUCUUCCUUCCAUCCUUGCUUCCUUCCUUCCUUUCUUGCAUCCCUUCUUUGCUUCCUUCCUUCCUCGCAUCUUUCCUUCCUCUCUUACUUCCCACCUUGCUUCCUCGCUUCCUUCCUUCCUCGCUUCCUUCCUUCCUUGCUUCCUUGCCUCUCUCUUUCAUCGCUUCCUUCCUUCCCUCCUUGCUUCCUUCCUCGCCUCUUCUUUUCUUGCUUCCUUCCUUCCUCGCAUCUUUCCUUCCUUGCUUCCUUCCUACCUUGCUUCCUCGCUUCCUUCCUUCCUUGCCUCCCCGCUUCCUUCCUCACUCUCUACCCUCUUUCCUUCCAUGCUUUUUUCCUUCCUCGCUCCCUUUUUUCCUCCUUCUUUGUUUCCUCGCCUUCUUCAUAAAUUUCUUCCUCACUUCCUUUCCUCCUUCCUUCCUUGCUUCAUUCCAUGCUUCCUCGCUUGCUUUCUUCCUUGGUUCCUUCCUUCCUCGCUUCCUUCCUUCCU